AUGGAGUCAAAUGAGGUCGAAAUUGAGGACGCUCCGCCUGGAUACAAGUCAUAUGUCUGGCAGUAUUUUGGCUUUCUCAUUAAAAUAGACAAAGACGGCAAUAGAGUAACUGACAAGACUAAGACUGUGUGUAAGCUAUGCAAUGCUGUCAUUCCGUACACCACAUCCAACACUUCAAACAUGAACCACCACCUUCAACGUCACCAUAAAAAUGUGAAGACGGCCCCGGAGAAAACGAACCUACCGAAGGGACAGCUGACCAUGAAACAAGCGCUGACACCAACUCUACCUCCGUCAAUGCUGGAGCCUAAGUUUAAGAUGCCAUGUCGAGGACAUUUUUCAGAGAAGGUAAUCCCGGAAAUUUACAAUGAAACCAAACAAAGCGUGAAAGAGUGUCUAAAAAAUGCCGACUGUGUCGCCCUGACCACCGACAGCUGGACCUCGCGUGCAACGCAGAGUUAUGUUACCAUCACGGCAGAAGUCAUCAACGAGAAAUGGGAGAAAAAAAGCUUUGUGUUGCAAACUCGUGAGCUGAGUGAAAGUCACACUGGUGUUAACAUAGCUCACGUGUUGAGAAAUGCACUGAGUGAGUGGGAGCUAACAAGGCCACAAACAACCAUUGCUUGUGUUACAGACAACGCAAGCAAUAUGGACAUUGCUGUGAGAGAGAGCGGUCUCCACCCUCACAUCAAGUGCUUAGCGCAUGUUGUGAAUCUGGCCAGUAAGCGAGGCUUGGCUGUAUCCCGCGUCGCGCGCCUUCUUGGUCGUGUGCGAAGAAUAGUUACGUUCUUUCACAAGAGCACCACGGCCACCGCCGUCCUGACCAACAAGCAAACCCAGUUAGAGCUGCCUCGGCAUAAACUCAUUACCGAUGUCCAGACCAGGUGGAAUAGCACAUACGAUAUGCUGGCGCGCUACCUGGAGCAACAAGCAGCUGUCUCAGCAGCGCUGAGCUGCCCAGGAAUCCGAAGAAAUGCGAGAGAAAUUGACACUCUGGAUAACGCUGAUAUAUCAGACGUCGAGGACAUAGUGAAACUGCUUAAGCCACUAAAGACAGCCACAACAGUUGUCUGUGAUGAAAAAGAGCCUACUGUUUCACUAAUAAUGCCACUGAAGUUCAUGAUCGAGCAAAGCAUGUCACCAGACGAAAAUGACACACAGACCAUCGCCAACAUGAAAAGCGCUAUUCUACUCGACAUCUCGGACCGGUACUCUGGGGACUGUAAUGACAUGCUGCAGGAGUGCACUGCGCUUGACCCACGUUUCCGAAGCCUGUCCCAUCUGAAUGAUGAACAACGCGAGUCCGUCUAUGCCCGAAUAGGUGAAAAAGCUUCAGCACUUCAUGAGCAGCGCAACCAGACCAGUGAUAUAGAUGAAAGAACCACUAGGGCCAGUGCUUCAACAUCAGGGGCAGCAGCAGAGCAGGCCAGGGUCAUGGUUGAGGAAGCACAGGGAGCAGAGCAGAGCCAGGAAGAGCCAGUGGAAGGAGAAAGGCAGAUGCAGGACGUGACACAGCCACCCCCACCAAAAAAGACAGCGUUAGAAGAUCUCCUUGGGAGCUCCUACACUACUGUUGUUGAGACAGUGCAGUCCAGCAGAGGGAUUGAAAUGGAGAUACUCUCCUACAGAAAUGGGAUUCCUAUCCCGCUCAACAGUAGUCCACUUGAGUGGUGGAAAGUUAAUGCAUAUGCUUACCCCAUACUUGCCCCCCUUGCAAAAGCCUACCUUUGCAUUCCUGCUACAUCAGUGCCGAGUGAGCGCGUCUUUUCCACAGCAGGAGACAUUGUGUCCGCUCAAAGAUCACUGAUUACACCAGAACAUGUUGAUAUGUUAGUUUUUUUGAAGAAGAACCAGUCCUAA